AUGGGGACACAGAGGCUCACCCUCUCCCCCGCCGCCCAGGGGCCUCUCACCCCUCCACCAGCAAUUGCCGACCCCUCCCCCCCCAGGCCCCACGCCCUGCCAUUCUGGGCUCGCAGAUGGGCCCAGCUCUCCACAGCUGAGGCGCUGAACCCAGCCAGUCUAAACAAAACCUCCUCUGUGCGCCCAGACCUCCGGAGGCUGCAGGACUCCCCACCCACAGCUCCGGACAAGGGCUGGUGCUCCACCUGGGGGGCCGGCCACUUCUCCACGUUCGACGGCCACGUGUAUGACUUCCUGGGGACCUGCAACUACGUCUUUGCGGCCACCUGCGAGGACACAUCACCCACCUUCAGUGUCCAGCUACGGCGUGGGCCCAGCGGGAACAUCUCCCGGAUCAUUGUGGAGCUGGGCGCCUCCGCGGUCACCGUGCAGAAGGAGGUCAUCUCCGUGAAGGAUGUGGGGGUCGUCAGCCUACCCUACAGCAGCACCGGGCUCCAGAUCACACCGUUCGGCCAGAGCGUGCAGCUGGUGGCCAAGCAGCUCGAGCUGGAGCUUGUGGUCACGUGGGGCCCAGGCAGUCACCUGCUGGUGCUGGUAGAGAAGCGGCACAUGGGCAAGCUGUGUGGUCUCUGCGGGGACUUCAACGGCAAGCGGACGGACGAGUUCCUGAGCGAGGAAGGCAAACCACUGGAACCCCACACGUACGCCGCCCUCCAGAGGCUGGACGACCCCAACGAGAUCUGCACCUCCAUGCCGGUGCCCAGGCCCCAGGCCCCACAGGCAGAGCAUGCCCAGACUUGCGCCCAGCUGCUGACCCAGGUGGCCCCCGAGUGCAGCGUGCCCAAAGAGCCUUUCGUGCGGAGCUGCCAGACGGACAUGGCCGAGUGCGCGCCGCGGGGCCGGCGGGACUGCGCCUGUGCCUCGCUGUCCGAGUACUCACGCCGCUGCAGCAUGGCCGGCCAGCCCGUCAGCCACUGGCGGCGCCCCGGCCUCUGCUCCGUGGGCCUGUGCCCGGCCAACCAGGUGUACCAGGAGUGCGGCGCGGCCUGCGCCAGGACCUGCUCCAACCCUCAGCACACCUGCUCUAGCUUCUGCACCUUCGGCUGCUUCUGUCCUCAAGGUACGGUUCUGGAUGACGUCUCCAAAAACCAUACCUGUGUGCCGGUUGCCCAGUGUCCCUGCAUGCUCCACGGCGUGGCCCACGCCCCCGGGGAAGUGGUGACAGCCGCCUGCCGGACGUGCCGCUGCUCCCUGGGCCACUGGGUGUGCACAGAGCGGCCCUGCCCUGGGCGCUGCUCCCUGGAAGGCAGCUCCUUCGUCACCACAUUCGACGCCCGGCCGUAUCGCUUCCACGGCGCCUGCACCUACAUCCUCCUCCAGAGCCCGCAGCUCCCUGAUGGGGGCUUCCUCGUGGCCUCGUACGAAAAGUCUGGAUACUCUCACUCGGAGACCGCCCUAGCCGCCGUCAUCUACAUGUCCGGAGAAGACAAAAUCGUGAUUUCUCGGGACGAGGUCGUCACCAACAGCGGGAACACCAAGUGGCUACCGUACAAGACUCGCAACAUCACGGUCUUCAGGCAGACGUCCACCCACCUCCAGAUGACCACCACCUUCGGGCUGGAGCUCGUGGUGCAGCUGGAGCCCGUGUUCCAGGCGUAUGUCACUGUCGGGCCCCAGUUCAGAGGCCAGACCAGAGGGCUCUGUGGCACCUUCAAUGGGGACACGACGGAUGACUUCAUGACCAGCACGGGCAUCGUGGAGGGCACCGCCCCGCUCUUCGUGGACUCUUGGCGGACAGGGAACUGCCCGGCCUCGCUGGAGCGCGAGAUAGACCCCUGCUCCAUGAGCCAGCUCAACAAGGUGUGUGCAGAGACCCACUGCUCGGUGCUGGUGAGGGACAGCACCGUGUUCCAGAGCUGCCACGCCACCGUGAACCCCAGGCCCUUCUACAAGAGGUGCGUGUACCAGGCUUGCAACUACGAGGAGACCCUCCCCUACGUGUGCGCCGCCCUGAGUGACUACGCCCGCGCGUGUGCCACCCAUGGCCGCCUCCUGCGGGGCUGGAGGGACAGCGUCAACUGCACCACCCCCUGCACGGGCAACCAGACAUUUGGCGACAACAUCAGGGCCUGCGGCCGUACAUGCCUAUCACUGUCGGACCACACGGCCGAGUGCCACCCGAGCACCGUGCCCAUGGACGGCUGCGCCUGCCCCGAGGGCACCUACCUCAACCACAAGGCCCAGUGCGUGCGCAAGGGCCAGUGCCCCUGCCUCCUGGACGGCAGCAAGCUCAUCCCGGCGGACGAGUCCACCAUGGUCAACGGCGCCAUCUGCUACUGUGUCAAUGGCAGGCUGAGCUGCCCCGGGCGCCCACAACUGCUCCUGGCUACCUGCUCGGCCCCCAAGAUCUUCCAGUCCUGUGACGAGUCGUCAGAGAGAACAUUUGGGGCAGCCUGUGCCCCCACGUGUCAGAGGCUGGCCACCGGCACCCCCUGCGUACCCACCAAGUGUGAGCCUGGCUGCGUCUGUGCCCAGGGGCUCUACGAGAACGCCACCGGGCACUGCGUACCCCCCGAGGAAUGUCCGUGCGAGUUUGCGGGGGUCUCCUACCCCCGGGGCGCAGAGCUCCACACCGACUGUAAGACAUGCACCUGCUCCGGGGGCCAGUGGACGUGCUGGCAGAGUGCCCGCUGCCCCUCCACCUGCACACUCUACGGGGAGGGCCACGUGGUCACCUUCGACGGCCAGCGCUUCCUGUUCGAUGGCAGCUGUGGGUACAUCCUGGCCACGGACGGCUGCGGGACCGACCACUCGCAGCCCAGCUUCACGGUCCUGACAGAGAAUGUUGUGUGUGGAAAGUCGGGCGUCACCUGCUCCCGGGCCAUCAAGAUCUUCCUGGGGGGUGUGUCCGUCGUGCUGGCGGACAGAAACUACACGGUCCACGGGGAAGACCCGCACGUGCGGCUGCGGGUGGCCACCAGCCCCCUGAACCUGGUGCUGGACGUCGUCGUCGGCAGCCGCUACAACCUGACCCUCAUCUGGAACAAACGCAUGACCGUCUCCAUCAGCGUCACGCGCGGCAGCCAGGGUGCCCUGUGCGGCCUGUGCGGCAACUACAACGGGAACAUGAAAGACGACUUCGAGACGCGCAGCAACUACGUGGCGUCCAGUGAACUGGAAUUCGUGAGUUCGUGGAAGGACAGCCCGCUGUGCGGGGACGCGGGCCUCGCGCUGGACCCCUGCAGCCUCAACGCCUUCCGCCGCAGCUGGGCGACGCGCAAGUGCGGCAUCAUCAACAGCCCUACCUUCGCCGCCUGCCACAGCCAGGUGUACCAUCUGCCCUACUACGAAGCCUGUGUGCGAGACGCGUGUGGCUGUGACACCAGCGGCGACUGUGAGUGCCUGUGUGACGCGGUGGCCGCCUACGCCAAGGCCUGCCUGGACAAAGGCGUGUGUGUGGACUGGAGGACCCCGGACUUCUGCCCUGUCUACUGCGACUUCUACAACACGCACGCUCCGGGAGACGGCGGGUACCAGUACGACCAGGAGGCCGACUGCACGUGGCACUACCAGCCAUGCCUCUGCCCCGGGUACCCACAGAGCGUCCCAGACACCAACACCGAAGGCUGCUACAACUGUUCCCAGCACGAGUAUUUCGACCACGGCACGGGGACCUGCGUUCCUUGCAAGUCACCUCGAACCAUCCCUGCCAUCACCCUACGGCCCACGUCGGAACCAGCCCCAACGGUUACUCUCAAGUCCACGGCCACAGGACCCACAGUGACAGGGGCCACAACGAAGUCCACAGCAUCCACACUCAGCUCAGUGACGCGAUCCACAGCUCACUCCACAGAGCACAGCACGGCUUUCCCACGGACCCCAGAAACUUCAGAGACCUCUACACUACCCCCACCAAGUAAGCACACCCUCAUGCCUAUCCCCAGAAAGGGGCAGAAGCUCAUAUGCCUGCAACGCACCAAAGCGGUAGGGGCCGGCAUGGCGCUGCAUGGGCCACAAUGGGCCAAAAUACCCACGGGCUCCUCGUCUCCGUCCCCGCAUGUCCCCAUCACGGGCACACAGCCCACGCACACGACCCCGCCACUCACUCGGACCACGCACCCCCCGAAUUCCGUCAGCACAGCCAAAACCUCCACGUCCAGAGAGACCUACCCUUCCGCACCCAUCCACCAUGAAACCUCUUCGGCCCCCAAGCCCAGCGUCUCCCACCAACCAACGGCCACAGGUACCCUCAACACCGUGACUCACACCACCACGGCCACGACAUCCACGAGCAAGCGACACACGCCACACACGUCUCAUUCCACACCCACUCCCCCUGUCACCAACAGUGCCCACACGACAGGUCCCCCCUCGGGGACUUCCUUCCGGACGACCACAGCCUUACCCACCCAAUCGCACCCCGAGACCACCGUCUCCACCCACGCUGCCCCCUCUACCACGUCCUCCGUGAUGCCCACUACCCACCGACUCAUCACCCCAACGCACCCGGAGACUCCGACGUUCGCAUCCACAACCAGACCCACGGGCUCCUCGUCUCCGUCCCCACACGUCCCCAUCACGGGCACACAGCCCACGCACACGACCCCGCCACUCACUCGGACCACGCACCCCCCGAACUCCAUCAGCACAGCCAAAACCUCCACGUCCUGGGAGACCUACCCUUCCGCACCCAUCCACCAUGAAACCUCCCACCAACCAACGGCCACAGAAACCCUGACCUCCGUGACUCACACCGCCACGGCCACGGAGUCCACCAGCAAACGACACACUCCGCACACGUCUCACUCCGCACAAACGACCCUUGUCCCCAACACCGCCCACACGACAGGUCCCCCCUCGGGGACUUCUUUCCGGACGACCACAGCAUUACCCACCCCAUCAGGCCCCAAAACCACCCUGUCCACCCACAGGGCACCCUCUACCACAUCCUCCGUGACGCCCACUACCCACCGACUCCUCAGCCCAACAUACCCGGAGACUCCUACUUCCCCCGCCACGGCCAGACCUACGGGCUCCUCGUCUCCAUCCCCGCACGUCCCCAUCACGGGAACACAGCCCACACACACGACCCCGCCACUCACUCGGACCACGCACACCCCGAACUCCGUCAGCACAGCCAAAACCUCCACGUCCUGGGAGACCUACCCUUCUGCACCCAACCACCAUGAAACCUCAUCUGCCCCCAAGCCCAACGUCUCCCACCAACCACCGGCCACGGGAACCCUGACCACUGUGACUCACACCGCCACGGCCACGGCGUCCACGAGCAAGCGACACACGCCACACACGUCUCAUUCCACACCCACUCCCCCUGUCCCCAACAGCACCCACACGACAGGUCCCCCCUCGGGGACGUCCUUCCGGACGACCACAGCCUUACCCACCCCAUCGCGCCCCGAGACCACCCUCUCCACCCACGCUGCCCCCUCUACCACGUCCUCCGUGACUCCCACUACCCACCGACUCAUCACCCCAACGCACACGGAGAACCCUACUUCCCCCUCCACCUCUACCAGACCCACGGGCUCCUCGUCUCCGUCCCCGCACGUCCCCAUCACGGGCACACAGCCCACGCACACGACCCCGCCACUCACUCGGACCACGCACACCCCGAACUCCGUCAGCACAGCCAAAACCUCCACGUCCUGGGAGACCUACCCUUCCGUACCCAACAACCAUGAAACCUCGUCUGCCACCAAGCCCACCGUCUCCCACCAACCACCGGCCACGGGAACCGUGACGUCCGUGACUCACACUGCCACGGCCAUGGAGUCCACCAGCAAGCGACACACGCCGCAUACGACGCACUCCGCGCAAACGACCCCUGUCCCCAACAGCACCCACACGACAGGUCCCCACUCGGGGACUUCCUUCCGGACGACCACAGCAUUACCCACCCCAUCAGGCCCCAAAACCACCCUGUCUACCCACAGGGCACCCUCUACAACGUCCUCCGUGACGCCCACUACCCACCGACUCCUCAGCCCAACAUACCCGGAGACUCCUACUUCCCCCGCCACGGCCAGACCCACGGGCUCCUCGUCUCCGUCCCCGCACGUCCCCAUCACGGGCACACAGCCCACACACACGACCCCGCCACUCACUCGGACCACGCACACCCCGAACUCCAUCAGCACAGCCAAAACCUCCACGUCCUGGGAGACCUACCCUUCCGCACCCAUCCACCAUGAAACCUCUUCUGCCCCCAAGCCCACCGUCUCCCACCAACCACCAGCCACGGGAACCGUGACGUCCGUGACUCACACUGCCACGGCCACAGAGUCCACCAGCAGGCGACACACGCCACAUACGACGCACUCCGCACAAACGACCCCUGUCCCCAACACAGCCCACACGACAGGUCCCCCCUCGGGAACUUCCUUCCGGACGACCACCGCCUUAGCCACCCCAUCGCGCCCCGAGACCACCGUCUCCACCCACGCUGCCCCCUCUACCACGUCCUCCGUGACUCCCACUACCCACCGACUCAUCACCGCAACGCACACGGAGACCCCUAAUUCCCCCUCCACGGCCAGACCUACGGGCUCCUCAUCUCUGUCCCCGCACGUCCCCAUCACAGGAACACAGCCCACGCACAAAACCCCGCCACUCACUCGGACCACACAGCCCCCGAAUUCCGUCAGUACAGCCAAAACCUCCACGUCCAGAGAGACCUACCCUUCCGCACCCAUCCACCAUGAAACCUCAUCAGCCCCCAAGCCCACCGUCUCCCACCAACCACCGGCCACGGGAACCCUGACCUCCGUGACUCACACCGCCACGGCCACAGAGUCCACGAGCAAGAGACACACGCCACACACGUCUCAUUCCACACCCACUCCCCCUGUGACCAACAGCGCCCACACGACAGGUCCCCCCUCGGGGACGUCCUUCCGGACGACCACAGCCUUACCUACCCCAUCGCGCCCCGAGACCACCGUCUCCACCCGCGCUGCCCCCUCUACCACGUCCUCCGUGACGCCCACUACCCACCGACUCAUCACCCCAACGCACCUGGAGACUCCGACGUACGCCUCCACAGAGGGACACACGGUCUCCUCGUCUCCAUCCCCACACGUCCCCAUCACGGGCACACAGCCCACGCACACGACCCCGCCACUCACUCGGACCACGCACCCCCCGAACUCCGUCAGCACAGCCAAAACCUCCACGUCCAGAGCGACCUACCCUUCCGCACCCAUCCACCAUGAAACCUCCUCUGCCCCCAAGCCCACGGUCUCCCACCAACCAACGGCCACGGGAACCGUGACGUCCGUGACUCACACUGCCACGGCCACAGAGUCCACCAGCAAACGACACACUCCGCACACGUCUCACUCCGCACACACGACCCUUGUCCCCAACACCGCCCACACGACAGGUCCCCCCUCGGGGACUUCUUUCCGGACGACCACAGCAUUACCCACCCCAUCAGGCCCCAAAAACACCCUGUCCACCCACAGGGCACCCUCUACCACGUCCUCCGUGACACCCACUACCCACCGACUCCUCAGCCCAACAUACCCGGAGACUCCUACUUCCCCCGCCACGGCCAGACCUACGGGCUCCUCGUUUCCAUCCCCGCACGUCCCCAUCACGGGAACACAGCCCACACACACGACCCCGCCGCCCACUCGGACCACGCACACCCCGAAAUCCGUCAGCACAGCCAAAACCUCCACGUCCUGGAAGACCUACCCUUCCGCACCCAACCACCAUGAAACCUCAUCAGCCCCCAAGCCCACCGUCUCCCACCAACCACCGGCCACGGGAACCCUGACCACUGUGACUCACACCGCCACGGCCACGGCGUCCACGAGCAAGCGACACACGCCACACACGUCUCAUUCCACACCCACUCCCCCAGUCCCCAACAGCACCCACACGACAGGUCCCCCCUCGGGGACGUCCUUCCGGACGACCACAGCCUUACCGACGCCAUCGCGCCCCGAGACCACCGUCUCCACCCACGCUGCCACCUCUACCACGUCCUCCGUGACUCCCACUACCCACCGACUCCUCACACCAACGCACCCGGAGACCCCUACUUCCCCCUCCAUGGCCAGACCCACGGGCUCCUCGUCUCCGUCCCCGCACGUCCCCAUCACGGGCACACAGCCCACGCACAUGACCCCGCCACUCACUCGGACCACGCACACCCCAAAUUCCGUCAGCACAGCCAAAACCUCCACGUCCUGGGAGACCUACCCUUCCACACCCAUCCACCAUGAAACCUCUUCUGCCCCCAAGCCCACCGUCUCCCACCAACCACCGGCCACGGGAACCGUGACGUCCGUGACUCACACGGCCACGGCCACGGAGUCCACCAGCAAGGGACACACGCCGCAUACGACGCACUCCGCGCAAACGACCCCUGUCCCCAACACAGCCCACACGACAGGUCCCCCCUCGGGGACUUCCUUCCGGACGACCACCGCCGUAGCCACCCCCUCGCGCCCCGAGACCACCGUCUCCACCCACGCUGCACCCUCUACCACGUCCUCCGUGACUCCCACUACCCACCGACUCAUCACCGCAACGCACACGGAGACCCCUACUUCCCCCUCCACGGCCAGACCCACGGGCUCCUCAUCUCUGUCCCCGCACGUCCCCAUCACGGGAACACAGCCCACGCACAUGACCCCGCCACUCACUCGGACCACGCACACCCCGAACUCCGUCAGCACAGCCAAAACCUCCACGUCCUGGGAGACCUACCCUUCCGCACCCAUCCACCAUGAAACCUCCCACCAACCAACAGCCACAGAAACCCUGACCACUGUGACUCACACCGCCACGGCCACAGAGUCCACGAGCAAGAGACACACGCCACACACGUCUCAUUCCACACCCACACCCCCUGUCCCCAACAGCACCCACACGACAGGUCCCCCCUCGGGAACUUCCUUCCGGACGACCACAGCCUUACCUACCCCAUCGCGCCCCGAGACCACCGUCUCCACCCACGCUGCCCCCUCUACCACGUCCUCCGUGACUCCCACUACCCACCGACUCAUCACCGCAACGCACGCAGAGACCCCUACCUCCCCCUCCACGGCCAGACCCACGGGCUCCUCAUCUCUGUCCCCGCACGUCCCCAUCACGGGCACACAGCCCACACACAAAACCCCGCCACUCACUCGGACCACACACCCCCCGAACUCCGUCAGCACAGCCAAAACCUCCACGUCCAGAGAGACCUACCCUUCCGCACCCAUCCACCAUGAAACCUCCUCUGCCCCCAAGCCCACCAUCUCCCACCAACCAACGGCCACGGGAACCGUGACGACCGUGACUCACACCGCCACGGCCACAGAGUCCACCAGCAAACGACACACUCCGCACACGUCUCACUCCGCACACACGACCCUUGUCCCCAACACCGUCCACACGACAGGUCCCCCCUCGGGAACUUCUUUCCGGACGACCACAGCAUUACCCACCCCAUCAGGCCCCAAAACCACCCUGUCCACCCACAGGGCACCCUCUACCACGUCCUCCAUGACGCCCACUACCCACCGACUCCUCAGCCCAACAUACCCGGAGACUCCUACUUCCCCCGCCACGGCCAGACCUACGGGCUCCUCGUUUCCAUCCCCGCACGUCCCCAUCACGGGAACACAGCCCACACACACGACCCCGCCGCCCACUCGGACCACGCACACCCCGAAAUCCGUCAGCACAGCCAAAACCUCCACGUCCUGGGAGACCUACCCUUCCGCACCCAACCACCAUGAAACCUCAUCAGCCCCCAAGCCCACCGUCUCCCACCAACCACCGGCCACGGGAACCCUGACCACUGUGACUCACACCGCCACGGCCACGGCGUCCACGAGCAAGCGACACACGCCACACACAUCUCAUUCCACACCCACUCCCCCUGUCCCCAACAGCACCCACACGACAGGUCCCCCCUCGGGGACGUCCUUCCGGACGACCACAGCCUUACCGACGCCAUCGCGCCCCGAGACCACCCUCUCCACCCAUGCUGCCCCCUCAACCACAUCCUCCGUAACUCCCACUACCCACCGACUCAUCACCCCAACGCACCCGGAGACUCCUACUUCCCCCGCCACGGCCAGACCCACGGGCUCCUCGUCUCCGUCCCCGCACGUCCCCAUCACGGGCACACAGCCCACACACACGACCCCGCCACUCACUCGGACCACGCACACCCCGAACUCCAUCAGCACAGCCAAAACCUCCACGUCCUGGGAGACCUACCCUUCCGCACCCAACCACCAUGAAACCUCUUCUGCCCCCAAGCCCACCGUCUCCCACCAACCACCGGCCACGGGAACCGUGACGUCCGUGACUCACACUGCCACGGCCACAGAGUCCACCAGCAGGCGACACACGCCACAUACGACGCACUCCGCACAAACGACCCCUGUCCCCAACACAGCCCACACGACAGGUCCCCCCUCGGGAACUUCCUUCCGGACGACCACCGCCUUAGCCACCCCAUCGCGCCCCGAGACCACGCUCUCCACCCACGCUGCCCCCUCUACCACGUCCUCCGUGACUCCCACUACCCACCGACUCAUCACCGCAACGCAACCGGAGAACCGUACUUCCCCCUCCACGGCCAGACCUACGGGCUCCUCAUCUCUGUCCCCGCACGUCCCCAUCACGGGAACACAGCCCACGCACAAAACCCCGCCACUCACUCGGACCACACAGCCCCCGAACUCCGUCAGCACAGCCAAAACCUCCACGUCCUGGGGGACCUACCCUUCCGCACCCAUCCACCAUGAAACCUCAUCAGCCCCCAAGCCCACCGUCUCCCACCAACCACCGGCCACGGGAACCCUGACCUCCGUGACUCACACCGCCACGGCCACAGAGUCCACGAGCAAGAGACACACGCCACACACGUCUCAUUCCACACCCACUCCCCCUGUGACCAACAGCGCCCACACGACAGGUCCCCCCUCGGGGACGUCCUUCCGGACGACCACAGCCUUACCUACCCCAUCGCGCCCCGAGACCACCGUCUCCACCCACGCUGCCAUCUCUACCACGUCCUCCGUGACUCCCACUACCCACCGACUCCUCACACCAACGCACCCGGAGACCCCUACUUCCCCCUCCACGGCCAGACCCACGGGCUCCUCGUCUCCGUCCCCGCACGUCCCCAUCACGGGCACACAGCACACACACACGACCCCGCCACUCACUCGGACCACGCACACCCCAAAUUCCGUCAGCACAGCCAAAACCUCCACGUCCUGGGAGACCUACCCUUCCGCACCCAUCCACCAUGAAACCUCUUCUGCCCCCAAGCCCACCGUCUCCCACCAACCACCGGCCACGGGAACCGUGACGUCCGUGACUCACACUGCCACGGCCACGGAGUCCACCAGCAAGCGACACACGCCGCAUACGACGCACUCCGCGCAAACGACCCCUGUCCCCAACAGCACCCACACGACAGGUCCCCCCUCGGGGACUUCCUUCCGGACGACCACCGCCUUAGCCACCCCAUCGCGCCCCGAGACCACCGUCUCCACCCACGCUGCCCCCUCUACCACGUCCUCCGUGACUCCCACUACCCACCGACUCAUCACCCCAACGCAACCGGAGACCCCUACUUCCCCCUUCACGGCCAGACCCACGGGCUCCUCAUCUCUGUCCCCGCACGUCCCCAUCACGGGAACACAGCCCACGCACAUGACCCCGCCACUCACUCGGACCACGCACACCCCGAACUCCGUCAGCACAGCCAAAACCUCCACGUCCUGGGAGACCUACCCUUCCGCACCCAUCCACCAUGAAACCUCCCACCAACCAACAGCCACAGAAACCCUGACCACUGUGACUCACACCGCCACGGCCACAGAGUCCACGAGCAAGAGACACACGCCACACACGUCUCAUUCCACACCCACACCCCCUGUCCCCAACAGCACCCACACGACAGGUCCCCCCUCAGGGACUUCCUUCCGGACGACCACAGCCUUACCGACCCCAUCGCGCCCCGAGACCACCGUCUCCAGCCACGCUGCCCCCUCAACCACAUCCUCCGUGACGCCCACUACCCACCGACUCCUCACCCCAACGCACCCGGAGACUCCUACUUCCCCCUCCACGGCCAGACCCACGGGCUCCUCGUCUCCGUCCCCGCACGUCCCCAUCACGGGCACACAGCCCACGCACACGACCCCGCCACUCACUCGGACCACGCACACCCCGAACUCCGUCAGCACAGCCAAAACCUCCACGUCCAGAGAGACCUACCCUUCCGCACCCAUCCACCAUGAAACCUCGUCUGCCACCAAGCCCAGCGUCUCCCACCAACCACCGGCCACGGGAACCCUGACCACUGUGACUCACACCGCCACGGCCACGGUGUCCACGAGCAAGCGACACACGCCACACACGUCUCAUUCCACACCCACUCCCCCUGUCCCCAACAGCACCCACACGGCAGGUCCCCCCUCGGGGACGUCCUUCCGGACGACCACAGCCUUACUGACCCCAUCGCGCCCCGAGACCACCGUCUCCACCCACGCUGCCCCCUCAACCACAUCCUCCGUGACUCCCACUAGCCACCGACUCAUCACCCCAACGCACCCGAAGACCCCUAUUUCCCCCUCCACCUCUACCAGACCCACGGGCUCCUCGUCUCCGUCCCCGCACGUCCCCAUCACGGGCACACAGCCCACGCACAUGACCCCGCCACUCACUCGGACCACGCACACCCCGAACUCCAUCAGCACAGCCAAAACCUCCACGUCCUGGGAGACCUACCCUUCCGCACCCAUCCACCAUGAAACCUCUUCUGCCCCCAAGCCCACCGUCUCCCACCAAUCACCAGCCACGGGAACCGUGACGUCCGUGACUCACACUGCCACGGCCACGGAGUCCACCAGCAAGCGACACACGCCGCAUACGACGCACUCCGCGCAAACGACCCCUGUCCCCAACACAGCCCACACGACAGGUCCCCCCUCGGGGACUUCCUUCCGGACGACCACCGCCUUAGCCACCCCAUCGCGCCCCGAGACCACCGUCUCCACCCACGCUGCCCCCUCUACCACGUCCUCCGUGACUCCCACUACCCACCGACUCAUCACCCCAACGCAACCGGAGACCCCUACUUCCCCCUCCAUGGCCAGACCCACGGGCUCCUCAUCUCUGUCCCCGCACGUCCCCAUCACAGGAACACAGCCCACGCACAAAACCCCACCACUCACUCGGACCACGCACACCCCGAACUCCGUCAGCACAGCCAAAACCUCCACGUCCAGAGAGACCUACCCUUCUGCACCCAACCACCAUGAAACCUCAUCAGCCCCCAAGCCCACCGUCUCCCACCAACCACCGGCCACGGGAACCCUGACCACUGUGACUCACACCGCCACGGCCACGGCGUCCACGAGCAAGCGACACACGCCACACACGUCUCAUUCCACACCCACUCCCCCUGUCACCAACAGCGCCCACACGACAGGUCCCCCCUCGGGGACUUCCUUCCGGACGACCACAGCCUUACCCACCCAAUCGCACCCCGAGACCACCUUCUCCACCCACGCUGCCCCCUCUACCACGUCCUCCGUGACGCCCACUACCCACCGACUCAUCACCCCAACGCAACCGGAGACCCCUACACCCCCCUCCACGGCCAGACCCACGGGCUCCUCGUCUCUGUCCCCGCACGUCCCCAUCACGGGCACACAGCCCACGCACAUGACCCCGCCACUCACUCGGACCACACAGCCCCCGAGUUCCGUCAGCACAGCGAAAAUCUCCACGUCCAGGGAGACCUACCCUUCCGCACCCAUCCACCAUGAAACCUCUUCUGCCCCCAAGCCCACCGUCUCCCACCAACCAACGGCCACGGGAACCGUGACGUCCGUGACUCACACUGCCACGGCCAUGGAGUCCACCAGCAAGGGACACACGCCACACACGUCUCAUUCCACACCCACUCCCCCUGUCCCCAACAGCACCCACACAACAGGUCCCCCCUCGGGGACGUCCUUCCGGACGACCACAGCCUUACCCACCCCAUCGGGCCCCAAAAUCACCCUCUCCACCCACGUGGCACCCUCCACCACGUCCUCCGUGACGCUCACUACCCACCGACUCCUCACCCCAACGCACCCGGAUACUCCAACGUACGCCUCCACAGUCAGACCCACAGGCUCCUCAUCUCCAUCCCCGCAUGUCCCCAUCACGGGCACACAGCCCACGCACACGAUCCCGCCACUCACUCAGACCACGCACACCCCGAACUCCGUCAGCACAGCCAAAACCUCCACGUCCUGGGAGACCUACCCUUCCGCACCCAUCCACCAUGAAACCUCUUCUGCCCCCAAGCCCAGCGUCUCCCACCAACCACCGGCCACGGGAACCCUGACCUCUGUGACUGACACCGCCAGGGCCACGGAGUCCACCAGCAAGCGACACACUCCGCACACAUCUCACUCCGCACACACGACCCUUGUCCCCAACACCGCCCACACGACAGGUCCCCCCUCGGGGACUUCCUUCCGGACGACCACAGCCUCACCCACCCCGUCGCGCCCCGAGACCACCGUCUCCACCCACGCUGCCCCCUCUACCACGUCCUCCGUGACGCCCACUACCCACCGACUCACCAUCCCAACGCAGCAGGUGACCUCUAAUUCCCGCUCCACAGCCAGACCUAUGGGCUCGUCUCCGUCCGCACUGGCGACCGGCUCGAGCUCCAGUGGUCACACUUUCAGCUCCCCACGCUCCCCAGGCACAGCGAGCGGAGUCUCCAUCUCCUCCUCUGUCUCCCCCCCAGGCGCCCCCACCGCCACGCUGUCCGCUGCGUCUUCCCCGCCCACCCGCGCCCCUUCCCCCCCUUCUCGGUCCUCCGCGCCUCCUCCCGAUCGCACUCCUGGCCCCCUGGGCAGCACCAACGUUGUUCCUUCUUUGCCCAGGACUACACCCAGCCCCCCCAUGUCCCACACCCUCCCCUCCCUGUCUACGACCUCCCAGUCUACGACCCUCACCACCCGAAUCCCUCCAUCCAGUCUCUUUCCAUCCACCGUGGGGGUGACAGCCAUCCCGACUUCUCCAGUCACUAACCUCACCACCGGACAACCCAGUAGCACUGGAGUUUCAAGCACCGUGACCCUCGCCAGCUUGACCUCUGUCCACGGAGGCUCAUCCCUCCAUUCCACGGGGUCCUUGUCUCCUGGGGCACCAUCCAUUUCCUCUCAGGUGACAGCCACGUCCCGCUCUCCAGGCGUCUGCGACCUGAAGGAGCUGCAGCAGGAGGUCACCUACCAAGGCUGCACUGCCAACGUGACAGUGACCCGCUGUGAGGGCUUCUGUGCCUCCUCGACGAGCUUUGACAUCCCCACGAACCAGCCGGAGACCCACUGCAGCUGCUGUGAACCCCUCGGCUCCUACCAGAAGCAGUUUGUGCUGCCCUGCCCGGACCCCGCAGCGCACGGCCGGCAGCUGGUGCUCACCCUACAGAUGUUCAGCAGCUGUGCGUGCAGCCCACGGCACUGUGGGGGCUAG